AUUAAAAGUUCAUAAAUUUUCGAUAAAAUUAAUAUUUCUUGUAUAGUCAUUCUCAUUUCUCAUUGCAUGCAAUUCAGAUUGAACUUAACCUAUUUUUAACAGUUGAGUAUUGCUUAACCUCUUACAUUUAUUGUUUUCUAUCGUUUAUGUAAAUAAAUUCAUCUAGAAAACUAUAUAGUUUAUGAUUAUUUUAUUAAAAAAAAAAAUUAAAUUGCUUAUAAUCGUUAAUUACAUUAACAUGCUAGAGAAUCAUUUUUUAUAACCUUUUCAGUUUAGUAGGAGAUAUUUAAAGAUUAUAUAAUAUAUACAUAUUUGAUACUUUCAAUAAACUAUUAGUACCAUUAUGAGUAAUCCAACAAAUAAAUUGCGGAUACUUGCAAUUCAUGGAUAUGCUCAAUCAGAUGUUAUUUUUAAAUCAAAAUUAGGUUCUAUAAGAAAAGGAUUUAAAAAAGAGGUUGAUCUUAUAUUUUUAAGAGCUCCGCAUAAAGUUUCAAUGAAAAAUAAUUUUAAUAUUGAUGUAGAAGAAGAAGCAUACGGAUGGUGGUUUAAUACAGAAGAUUAUAUAUUUAAAGCAACUGUUCCAAGUAAUUUAGCUGUAGGUUUUGAAGAUAGUGUGGCUGUAAUAGAAAAAGCAUUUCAAGAAUCUGGUCCUUUUGAUGGCAUUCUAGGCUUUUCACAAGGUGCAGCAUUUGCUACUCUACUUUGUUUUAUGUACGAAAAGAAUUUAUUGCAAAUUAAGUUUGAUUUUGCAAUUAUUAUAUCAGGAUUUAAAUCAUUAUGUACACCUCAUGCAGCAUAUUAUAAUGGAAAAAUAAACAUACCCUCUUUACAUAUCUAUGGAAAAACUGAUCAAGUUAUACCAACAGAAAUGGCAAAAGAAAUUUGUGAAAUGUUUAUAAAUAAAACAAAUAUAAUACAUGAAGGUGGUCAUUAUAUACCAAGUAAAAAAGAAUAUUAUAAAGAAUUUAUUAUAGAAAUGUUCUUAAAUAAAAACAAAAGUAAUUAAUAUCUGUUUAGACAUAUAUCACAUGAAUAUAAAAAACAGUAUCAUAAUAUAUGGUCUAUAAACAUUUAUGUAGACUAUAAAAUAUAAGUACCAUUGAGCGAUAUUAGUAAAUUUAUUUAAAUCAAUAAUAAGUAAACAUUGUACAAUAUGCACUAGAGAUGAGAUUCAGUAACAUUUUAUAUUUAAACUUGUAUAUGGUAAUCAAAAUAAGAGAGCAAGAACACAAAUCAAGAUGAUUUUAUAAAAUAAUACAUAAUUAUUUACUGUUUUACAUUAAUCAUUAUAUGAUUAAAAGUUUAAUUGUUUUAUAAAAGCCACCACUAAUUUUAAAUGUUCAGUAUUUGAAAACUUAAAUUACAUGUGUAUUAAAAAUGUAUUAAAUAGUGCCUCACUUUAAUAGAAUAGAAUAUGUUAAUUGCUUAGCUUAAUUAUUCAUGCAUACUUUCGUACAAAUUUUAUGUUUAUGUUAUGUAUAUAUUUUAUGUAUAGCAAGUUAAAUGCUCAAGUAGAUAUCAACUGCCUUGGUUUAUAUGCUUGAUUACUCAUUAUUUUUAAUUUCAAGAUAUGUAGAUUUAUAUAGUCUACCAUUGCAGUAAUGAUCUAGAAAUGUUAGCAUUUUGUUCAAAUCCUCUUAGUAAUACCUACAGUAUUGAACAUUCUAUGAUGAAUGUAUGUAAAUAAGUAAUUAAAUUAACUUAUUGCACUAUA